CCGCAAGGGCGCGGGCUCCUAGCCGCAGCCACCCCUCCGCCCCCUCCCUCUCCCUCCGCGCUUCCUCUCCGCCCCCGCGCUCCCGCCGCCGGGUAGCAGCAGCGCUGUCCUCCGCCCCCGGGAGCCGCCGUGCCAGCGCCGCGCAGCAAUGGGGGACCUGCCCGGCCUCGUGCGUCUCUCCAUCGCGCUGCGCAUCCAGCCCAACGACGGCCCAGUCUUCUACAAGGUGGACGGGCAACGCUUUGGCCAGAACCGCACCAUCAAGCUGCUCACGGGCUCUUCCUACAAGGUGGAGGUCAAGAUUAAGCCCACCACGCUGCGGGUCGAGAAUAUUUCCAUUGGUGGUGUGCUUGUCCCACUGGAGCUGAAGUCUAAAGAACCUGAUGGAGAAAGAAUUGUUUAUACCGGUAUAUAUGACACAGAAGGUGUGGCCCCAACCAAGAGUGGAGAACGGCAACCUAUCCAGAUCACCAUGCCGUUCACUGACAUUGGGACCUUUGAGACGGUGUGGCAAGUCAAGUUCUACAAUUACCACAAACGAGAUCACUGCCAGUGGGGAAGCCCCUUCUCUGUCAUUGAGUAUGAGUGCAAACCUAAUGAGACACGCAGCCUCAUGUGGGUGAACAAGGAGUCCUUCCUCUGAAGACGGCCUGUCCGGAAGUUGCUGGACAAUCUCUCCAGAAAUCUACUUUUAGGUAACCCAGCACAAGCCUUCACCAAGGCAUGCACACUGUUACUAUUUCCCAUCGGGUGCUGAUGACCUACUAGCCCCGAUUCUUUUGACAGUAUAACCUCUCAAUGUUCCUGACUUGAAAGAUCAUGACAUACCACUCCCACCCCCCCAAAAAAGUCCCUUUCUGUGUAUUCUGUGCUGGUGUUCCUGCAUCGAUGUGUUACUAUUGGCUGUUUGUGACUAGAACUCAGUGGAGUUAGUCCACCACUGACUGGUGUUUUCUUUCCAAGUUGAAGGAAUCAUUGAGUGAUUCCCCUCUCUUUUUAUUACGUGUUAAAUUUAAAAAAAAAUGUGUGUGGGUUCUCCCCAAGUGUAAUAUGGUGAUAUGUAACUUCAAAAGUUUUCCAGCUCUCAACACAACCUUUGUGAAAAUAUGAUGCAAAAUGUAGUGAAUAGUACUAAGUGUUGUGUUCUAAAAACAGCUCAACCUUUUCGGCAAAGGAUAAUGACAAAAUAAAAGAAGAGUUUUUUAAGUGUUUAUAAUGUAAUAAAACUCAUUCAGGUAAUUUAAGGUAUUGUGUUGUUACCUAGUGAGAGUGGGGAAAAGGUCAUUGUGGACCACUGUUCAACAAGGUGACAGAGGCUAGAGUCACCUCUUUGACAAGCUGCCAUUGUGCUUAAAUAAUCAAAUUGAUAGCAUCCCUUUUUUUCCCCCUUUGACUUGAACUUUGUAAAACUGUGUAUGCAAUUGUAAUCAAUUUUUGAUAUUUCUUGAUAAAGGCAUUGAAAAGCA